UAACAAGAAUGAAGAGGGGGAAGAAGACUCGUAGAGGGAAACAGAGAAGAAGAAGCUUCGAUUUGCAAACAUAAACAAGCGCAACACAACUUGGGCUUAACAAAUAUGUCGAUUGUCUUUGUGCCAAAGAAACUGCGAGGAAAGGCGAAAAUUAACCAAGAAACAAUACAGAGGUUGCUCGAUGAAAACGACCAGUUAGUUCGGUGCAUCACUGAAUACAUGCAGAAAGGACGAGCAGUGGAGUGCGUCCAAUACCAGCAGAUCCUGCACCGGAACAUCGUGUAUUUGGCCACCAUAGCGGACGCCAGCCCGGACAGCGGGGCCCCCGCCACGGACGCCGCAUCACACGAGACCUCCGCUCCAACAGCCGCGAGCGCGCCGGCAGCCACGUGACCGCAGCGUCCGCCCGUGUUCACGUCGCGCAAAAUGUAUCAUAAGUAUUACUGGUGUCCCAGUUCAAUGCCGCAUCAUAUCUGUACUAUUUAUAUAACGCACAUGUCUGAAUUCAAAAUCGAACGUUUACAUUAAACACGUGUUCUGUUUUGUG